AUGUGCUUGGACGAAAGCACAGAUAUAAAUAACCAUGCAAAGCUAGUAAUAAUUUUACGUUAUGCUGUUAGUGAUACGAUGAGAGAAGAGCUGGUUAAAUUGGCAUCUUUCCCCGAAAGAACACAAGGAAUAGAUAUUUACAAUGCUGUGGUGGAAGCUUUUUUGCAACAAGGCAUAAGACCAGAAAAAGUAGUUUCAAUUACUACUGAUGGUGCGUCUUGCAUGUUGGGAACAGCAUCUGGUUUCAUACAGUUCUUCGUUAAAGAAUCAAAACAUCCAGUUAUUCAGUUUCAUUGUCUCAUUCACCCAGGAGCUCUUUGUGCCAGGAAAAGUUUCAAAAUAUUAGACGAUAUUCUCAAAGAUGUCACCAAAAUGGUGAAUUACAUCAAUGGCUCGAGCUCUUAG